AUGACAGAGAAUAACUCAAAUUACAUGCUCGAAAGCACCUUCGAACAGGUGAAUAAUGCAGGAGCCCCAGCCAAUCAAAAACCAGUAACAGGGAAACCAGAUACAGCCUUAUCAAACGUGUCUCAGGCCAUCAGUGCUAAGACCUCGCUGCCUGAGAUGCCCGAUAUUUCACAGCUUGGUCUAGCCAGCGACUUGUUCAAAGCAAUUUUGAGCCUCUUUAUUGCGAUCGCCCAGCGAACAGCAAAGACAAAGCAAUCGCGACGUCUGCGUAGCGAGCUAGAGCGUUUUUUUCUCUGGGGAGACGCCAUUUCCAUUUCGAAAAGCCAGUUCGAGGAGGUCUCGUCUGAAUCGUCCGACCUUCGUCAAACUGUACUCUCUACACUCUACGAGCUUGGAAAGGUCAUCAAUGACAGCCUACUCCGAGCGAUCGACGGAAGUACCCGGUCAGAAGAGCUGGGUGGCUCUACUGAGUCUGUCUUGACUGAUCUGGCUGAGUCAGAUAUGGCUCAAAGGCUUCAGAGGCUCCUGAAGAAGGCAGCCCCCAUUCAGGCCGCGUCUGAGACUACAGCAGACGUUGAGAGUCUAUCGGAUGGUGACUCUAUGCGCUAUGAUUUGGACGAGGUCCUAGAUGAUGUUGCAAUCUAUAUAGAUUGUCUCAUGGACCUCUCCAUUGCUAUUGAGAGGCCCGUAGUCGGCAAUGAGCCUGGCGGUCUGCAAUGA